UUACUGCUUUGUCAGUGGAUCAGUAUCACUGAGCAAACUGAAGCUCGGACUAGAAAGAGAGAGGCAGAGACUGAGAGAGAGAGAGACUGAGAGAGAGAGAGAGACGCAGGAAGAGAGAGAGAGUGAGAGAGACAGAGACCGAGAGAAAGAGAGAUUGAGAGAGACAGAAAGUGCGAGGGGCAGAGAAUAGAAUCAGAGAGAGAGUGCGAGAGAAAGAUACAGAGAAUUGAAUCAGAGAGAGACAGAGUGGGGGGUGUGAGAAAGAACGAAAGAGUGAGAGAUAGUGGCAGACAGAGAGUGAGACAGGGUACCAGAGAGAGAGAGAGAGAGAGAGAGGGGAACAGAGAGGGAGCCUGAAAGAAACAGAGGGAGUGAGAGACAGAGUGAGAGAGACGAGAAACAGAGCGAGAGAGGAGAGACAGAGAGAGUGAGAAACAGAGAGAAAAGGAGAGAGUGAGAGAGAGAAGGAGAGAGAUAGGGAGUGAUAGGGAUACAGAGAGUGUGAGAGAGAGGGAGAGAGAGUGAAACAGAGAAGGAGAGAGAGAGAGAGAGAGUUUUGACUGGAGUUCACAUUGAGGAGCAAUGGAGGCUCCUUUGAGGCAGAGGGCAGUGGGGGGAGAGUCCCUUGAAUUGAGGGAGCUCAACGAGAGGUUGGAGAGUUACCUCUACAGGUGUAGGUGCCCUCGAGCAGGAGAACACAUGCCUGAGGACCGAGCUGCAAAACGCUGUUGGCACUGCCUCCUGCUGGGGGAGUGGGGGAUUUGGAGAGGGAGCUGCAGGGUCUUCGGGACUCCGUGGCCGAGAGCUGGGGGCAAGUCGACAGGGUCUCCAUGGACCGCCAUUCCCUGCUGGAGGAGUUGAGGCUGGUCCAGGAGAGCUGUGCCAGGCAGAGCCAGCGGAGAGGCGAGUUGGUGAGGGAGCUGGGGCAGAGACGGAGGGAGCUGGAGGAGGAGAAGAGGGGGCAGUUAGGCCUGGGGAGUAAGCUCCUCAUGCUGGAGGGAGAGAGGAAACGAUUAGAGGAGGCGCACCAGGAGGAGGUAGGCAGGCUGCGAGAGGAGGCUGCGAAAUGGGCACCCAGUCUCGGCAAACUGGUGGUACCCACUCCUGACCUGGGCACCAGGGACUGGGAGCGUUACCAUGAGCAGUUCCAGGUGCUAUACGACCGGCCCAGGGUUGUGUACGAGCAGGAGCUGGCAAGGUUAGAGCGGGCAGUGGCUGAGGACAGAGAGAGGGAACGCAGCGCCAGGGAGCAGAGGAAGCAGUGCCAGGCCCAGCUGCAUGCCCUGGAGACAGAGCUGGCCUCUCAGAAACAGCAACGCACCGACCUGCUGGCACAGGUCAGCCUGCAGCAACAGAAAGGAACUGAGCAGCUCCAAAAACUGCAGGAGCGAAUUGAAAGUUUGGAAAAAGACAAGGCUUCCCUCUCCAUUAAAGUGGAGCAAUUUGUGGAGGAGCAACAUGCCCUAAUGAAGGCCAAGAUGGACCUAAACCUGGAGGUCAUUAUGUACAGAGCUCUGUUGGACUCAGAGUUUGGACGAAUACGGCCCCCGGGGUGGGCAGCAGGACGGCCAACAGCUAAGGAAGAUGCCAAUCGUCACUUAGAGAGGAUUCACGCUGGGAGUUCCAGGCCCAUGGAGCAGUUGCAGUCUACAGGGAGGGAGAGGAGGUUGGAGAGGGAUGGACCAAGGCUACAAGUGAGGAUGCAGCUCCCCACAGGAGAUCGCAGCUCCGGAGAAUUCCAGACGGAUGCAGACGGCACCCGGAGCUCAGAGAUGAGAUCCAAGUUGGGUGCCCCCUCUUCAGAGUUGAACAGGCAUCUGCCAGCUGCCCCAGUCCUCCCGGGUCGGGGCUCACAGGGGUCCGAGGCAGAAGACUCCAAUCCCCUCCUGGUGGGGCAGAGUGGCCAUGAAGAAGGGGAGUUUGCUGGAGAGACCAGCAGAGGGGAGCCAGUAGGUAAUAGCGAGCUAACGAGUGAGAAGGAGGCGGCUAAUGGGGCAGCAGGCGAGGAGAGUGUGAUGGUAGGGCAGCUCAGCCCAACGCUGCGGAAGAUUCCGGACACCCUGACGGAGAAGUGGAGCACUGGCUGGGUGGAAGGCUCCCCACUGUGUAACGGGGACAUCGCAGAUGGCGGUAUGGAAAUGGACGGGUGGCGGGGUGGGUUUGAGACCCUUGGUGACACGAGGGGAGGGGAUCUGCCCCAGAACGAGGGGACUCAGGGGAUCCUGGAGCUGGAGGAAGGGGAGGGGCAAACCAAAAUGGAGGCUGAGGGCCUGAAGGCACCGUUGGGGGAGGGCAGUUUGAGUGCUCUUCUCCCAUUGGAUGAUUGGACGAUCCCAUUGGAGGGGGUACCCCUCACCGAGGGAGGGAAGCCUCUGGGGGCAGGGUACUCCAGCGAGGGUACCGAGGGGACCGAGACUGCGGGGGUGACCUUAAACCCCUGGCAGGGGGUAGGGGGAGCGAGGUCUGGGGAUGCGGAGCUGAAUGGGGAGCCGGGAAUUUGGGAUUCCCAGCUCAAGGAAGCCGCCUGGGAAGAGGGAAUGGAGGGGCCCGUUGCCGGCCACCGUGGGACGGGGCAAGAGAUCGUCAUCACCGGGGAUGGGAUAGGACUGGGUCCCGAGGUGGAUGGAGAGGGUGAGGGUCUCAGGGUCAGAGAGGAAGCCAACUUGGAAGCUCUGGAGAAGUCACUUUCCCUGGGGGGAGCCAUCAACUGGGGCCCCCCAGAGGUAGAGACCCCCGUCGGCUCAGGUGACCAUCCAGGGGUGGCAGAGGGAGACGCCAGGAAGGGUGAGAUGGGGAUGGCUCCGGGGACCCCCGGCGCUGGAGGAUCCCAUGGCCCGGAAAUCCAGGAGCGGGGAACGGAGGGCGAGUCAGCACCGGGUCAACCCAACGAAGAGGAGGCGGCAUCGGGAAUGAAGGAGAAAUCGGAGCCUGGCGUGGGAGACCCGUCUGAGGGGGAGCCGGCAGAGGAUGAACGAUUGUUGACCCUUCAAUCCUGCGUUGGGUUGAAAGCCCCAGGAGAAGAGGGGGUGCUGACCUUCCACGCGGACCAGGCAGCCAAGAGCACAACCCCAGUAAGAGGCGCCAUUCUGGGGAUCGCAAGAUCCUUGGCUGAACAAAAGCUUUCGGGCACCAAAGAUCUGGGAUCACUGAAGACCGAGGAACAAACCGAGGAAGAGCACAGGACAGGCGGUGAUGGGCAGGAAGUCCGAGAGACUGGCAAUGAAGAAGAUUGCAGGAUGAUAGCAGUAGACGUGAGUGAGAGAAGGAUGAUAUUUGACGUGGGGGAAGCACCAGAGAAGGGCAACAGGAGUCCUGAGGGAUCUGGGUCAAACUUACACAGGAGAAGCGUGGAAGAGAAUGGGGGACCACCGUCGGAUGACUUCUCAGAAUCCGAGGGAAGACAGGAGAUGGAGGGAGAGCCGGUGAGUCUACCUAGCGAUGGGGAAAACCAGGAGUCCACUGUAUCUUCCACACAUUGGUCCCCAAGCAAAGAGGGCUUGGCCAUAGAGCCGCCAACCCGAGACCUUCCAGAGGACAACAUGCCAACAGAGCCGCCAGAGGGCAUCGUGGAAUAUUGGCACGGGAUCAUCCCAGAAACCCAAAGCAUUGGGAGCCAGCCCUUGGCCAAACACCCUGAAGAUCUGUCAUAUGAGAGUCUUUGCAAACUAGCAGAGGUAUCCGAAGGAGUUUCUCUCCAUGAAGGUUCAGUCCCUGAGGAAGAGACAGUUUCAGAACAGAGUAUAGACUACAAGGGUGAGAUGUCCAAAGCAGUUUCUGUCCAAGAAGAUUCAGUUCCUGGGGAAGAGACAGCUUUAGAACACAGUGCGGACACCAAAGAGAAAACAUGCAAAGGAAUUCCUCUUCCUGAAGAUUUAAUCUCCAAGGAAGACACAGUUUCAGGGCAGAGUGUGGACACCGAAGAUGUGAUAUCUAAAGGCGUUUCUUUCCACAAAAAUUUAGUCCCUGAGGAAGAGACAUUUUCAGAACAUAGUGUGGACAACAAGGGUGAGAUGUCCAAAGCAGUAUCUCUCCAUGAAGAUUCACUCCCUGAGGAAGACACGGUUUCAGAACAUAGUGUGGACAACAAGGGUGAGAUGUCCAAAGCAGUUUCUCUCCAUGAAGAUUCACUCCCUGAGGAAGACACGGUUUCAGGGCAGAGCGUGGAGGCCAAAGAGAAAAUGUGUGAAGGGGUUUCUCUCCAUGAAGAUUCAGUCCCUGAGGAAGACGCAACUUUAGAACACAGUCUGGAUGCCGAAGAGAAAAUGUAUGAAGGAAUUCCUCUUCCUGAAGAUUUAAUCUCCAAGGAAGACACAGUUUCAUGGCAGAGUGCGGAGGCUGAAGAUGAGAUUUCUCAAGGAGUUUCUGUCCACGAAGAUUUAGUCCCUGAGGAAGAGAUGGUUUCACGGCAGAGCGUGGACACUGAAGAUGAGACCUCUGAAGGAGUUUCUCUCCGCGAGGAUUUAGUCCCUGAGGAAGAGACAGUUUCAGAACAGAGUACAGACAACAAGGAUGCGAUGUCUGAAGCAGUUUCUCUCCGCGAAGGUUCAGUUCCUGAAGAAGACACGGUUUCAGGGCAGACUGUGGACACUGAAGAGGAGAUGAGUGAAACAGUUUCUCUCCGUGAAGAUUCAGUUCCUGAGGAAGUCACAGCUUUAGAACAUAGAGCGGAUGCCGAAGAGAAAACAUGUGAAGGAAUUCCUCAUCCUGAAGAUUUAAUCUCCAAGGAAGAUGCAGUUUCAGGGCAGAGUGAGGAGGCUGAAGAUGUGAUCUCUGAAGGAGUUUCUCUCCGCGAAGGUUUAGUCCCCGAGGAAGAGACGGUUUCAGAACAGAGUGCAGACAACAAGGGUGAGAUGUCCAAAGCAGUUUCUCUCCAUGAAGAUUCAGUCCCUGAGGAAGAGACGGUUUCAGGGCAGAGUGUGGACGCCGCAGAGAAAAUGUGUGAAGGAAUUCCUCAUCCUGAAGAAUUAAUCUCCAAGGAAGACACAGUUUCAGGGCAGAGUGCAGAGGCUAUAGAUGAGAUCUCUGAAGGAGUUUCUCUUCGUGAAGAUUUAGUCCCUGAGGACGGGGCGGUUUCAGAACAGAGUAUAGACAACAAGGGUGAGAUGUCCAAAGCAGUUUCUCUCUGCGAAGAUUCAGUUCCUGGGGAAGACACAGCUUUAGAACACAGUGCGGACACCAAAGAGAAAACAUGCAAAGGAAUUCCUCUUCCUGAAGAUUUAAUCUCCAAGGAAGACACAGUUUCAGGGCAGAGUGCGGAAGCUGAAGAUGAGAUCACUGAAGGAGUUUCUCUCCACGAAGAUCUAGUCCCUGAGGAAGACACAGUUUCAGGGCAGAGUGUGGACACCGAAGAUGUGAUAUCUAAAGGUGUUUCUUUCCACAAAGAUUUAGUCCCUGAGGAAGAGACAGUUUCAGAACAUAGUGUGGACAACAAGGGUGAGAUGUCCAAAGCAGUUUCUCUCCAUGAAGAUUCACUCCCUGAGGAAGACACGGUUUCAGGGCAGAGCGUGGAGGCCAAAGAGAAAAUGUGUGAAGGAGUUUCUCUCUAUGAAGAUUCAGUCCCUGUCGAAGACGCAACUUUAGAACACAGUCUGGAUGCUGAAGAGAAAAUGUAUGAAGGAAUUCCUCUUCCUGAAGAUUUAAUCUCCAAGGAAGACACAGUUUCAUGGCAGAGUGCAAAGGCUGAAGACAAGACUUCUCAAGGAGUUUCUAUCCACGAAGAUUUAGUCCCUGAGGAAGAGAUGGUUUCAGGGCAGAGCGUGGACACUGAAGAUGAGACCUCUGAAGGAGUUUCUCUCCGCGAUGAUUUAGUCCCUGAGGAAGAGACAGUUUCAGAACAUAGUGUGGACAACAAGGGUGAGAUGUCCAAAGCAGUUUCUCUCCAUGAAGAUUCACUCCCUGAGGAAGACACAGUUUCAGGGCAGAGCGUGGAGGCCAAAGAGAAUAUGUGUGAAGGAGUUUCUCUCCAUGAAGAUUCAGUCCCUGAGGAAGACGCAACUUUAGAACACAGUCUGGAUGCCGAAGAGAAAAUGUAUGAAGGAAUUCCUCUUCCUGAAGAUUUAUUCUCCAAGGAAGACACAGUUUCAUGGCAGAGUGCAAAGGCUGAAGACAAGACUUCUCAAGGAGUUUCUGUCCACGAAGAUUUAGUCCCUGAGGAAGAGAUGGUUUCAGGACAGAGCGUGGACACUGAAGAUGAGACCUCUGAAGGAGUUUCUCUCCGCGAUGAUUUAGUCCCUGAGGAAGAGACAGUUUCAGAACAGAGUACAGACAACAAGGGUGCGAUGUCUGAAGCAGUUUCUCUCCGCGAAGAUUCAGUUCCCGAGGAAGACAUGGUUUCAGAACAGAGUGCAGACUCCAAAGAGAUGAGAGAAUGUGUUUCUCUCCGCAAAGAUUUACUCCCUGAGGAAGAGACAGUUUCAGAACAGAGUACAGACAACAAGGGUGAGAUGUCCAAAGCAGUUUCUCUCCAUGAAGAUUCAGUUCCUGAAGAAGACACGGUGUCAGGGCAGACUGUGGACACUGAAGAGAUGAGCGAAGCAGUUUCUAUCUGUGAAGGUUCAGUCCCUGAGGAAGUCACAGCUUUGGAACAUAGUGCGGAUGCCGAAGAGAAAACACGUGAAGGACUUCCUUAUCCUGAAGAUUUAAUCUCCAAGGAAGACACAGUUUCAGGCCAGAGUGCGGAGACUGAAGAUGAGUUCUCUGAAGGAGGUUCUCUCCAUGAACAUUUAGUCCCUGAGGAAGACAUGGCUUUAGAAUACAGUGUGGACACCGAAGAGAAAAUAUGUGAAGGAAUUCCUCUUCAUGAAGAUUUCGUCCCUGAGGAAGACACGGCUUUACAACACAGUGUGGAUGCUGAAGAGAAAAUGUGUGAAGGAGCUUCUCUUCAUGAAGAUUCAGUUCCCGAGGAAAUCACAGUUUCAGGGCAGAGUGCAGACUCCAAACAGAUGAGCGAAGGUGUUUCUCUCCACGAAGAUUUACUCCCUGAGGAAGAGACAGUUUUAGAACAGAGUGCGGCCAACAAGGGUGAGAUGUCCAAAGCAGUUUCUCUCCAUGAAGAUUCAGUCCCUGAGGAAGACACAGCUUUAGAACACAGUGCGGAUGCCGAAGGGAAAACAUGUGAAGAAAUUCCUCUUCCUGAAGAUUUAAUCUCCAAGGAAGAUACAGUUUCAGGGCAGUGUGCAGAGGCUGAAGAUGAGAUCUCUGAAGGAGUUUCUCUCAAUGAAGAUUUAGUCCCUGAGGAAGACACGGCUUUAGUAUACAUUGUGGAUGCUGAAGUGGAAACAUGUGAAGGAGCUUCUCUUCAUGAAGAUUCAGUUCCCAAGAAAGGCACACUUUCAGGGCAGAGUGCAGACUCCAAACAGAUGAGCGAAGGUGUUACUCUCCACGAAGAUUUACUUCCUCAGGAAGGGACAGUUUUAGAACAGAAUGCGGCCAACAAGGGUGAGAUGUCCAAAGCAGUUUCGCUCCAUGAAGAUUCAGUCCCUGAGGAAGACACAGCUUUAGAAUACAGUGUGGACGCCGAAGAGAAAACAUGCGAAGAAAUUCCUCUUCCUGAAGAUUUAAUCUCCAAGAAAGACACAGUUUCAGGGCAGUGUGCAGAGGCUGAAGAUGAGAUCUCUGAAGGAGUUUCUCUCAAUGAAGAUUUAGUCCCUGAGGAAGACACGGCUUUAGAACACAGUGCGGAUGCCGAAGAGAAAACAUGCGAAGAAAUUCCUCUUCCUGAAGAUUUAAUCACCAAGGAAGAUACAGUUUCAGGGCAGAGUGUGGAUGCUGAAGAUGAGUUCUUUGAAGGGGUUUCUCUCUGCGAAGGUUUAGUCCCUGAAGAAGACACAGUUUCAGAACAGAGUACAGACAACAAAGAGAAAAUGUGCGAAGGAAUUCCUCUUCAUGAAGAUUUAGUCCCUGAGGAAGACAGGGCUUUAGAACACAUUGUGGAUGCUGAAGAGAAAACAUGUGAAGCAGCUUCUCUUCAUGAAGAUUCAGUUCCUGAGGAAGGCACAGUUUCAGGGCAGAGUACUGAGGCCAAAGAAAUGAGCGAAGGUGUUUCUGCCUGCAAAGAUUUAGUCCCCGAGGAAGAGACAGUUUCAGAACAUAGUGUUGACAACAAGGGUGAGAUGUCCAAAGCAGUUUCUGUCCGUGAAGAUUCACUCCCUGAGGAAGAGACGGUUUCAGGGCAGAGCGUGGACGCCGAAGAGAAAAUGUGUGAAGGGGUUUCUCUCCAUGAAUAUUCAGUCCCUGAGGAAGACACAGCUUUAGAACACAGUGCGGACGCCGAAGAGAAAAUGUGUGAAGGAAUUCCUCAUCCUGAAGAUUUAAUUUCCAAGGAAGACACAGUUUCAGGGCAGAGUGCGGAGGCUGAAAAUGAGAUCUCUGAAGGAGUUUCUCUUUGCGAAGAUUUAGUCCCUGAGGACGGGGCGGUUUCAGAACAGAGUAUAGACAACAAGGGUGAGAUGUCCAAAGCAGUUUCUGUCCAUGAAGGUUCAGUCCCUGGGGAAGAGACAGCUUUAGAACACAGUGCAGACACCAAAGAAAAAAUGUGUGAAGGAAUUCCUCAUCCUGAAGAUUUCAUCUCCAAGGAAGACACAGUUUCAGGGCUGAAUGAGGAGGCUGAAGAUGAGAUCUCUGAAGGAGUUUCUCUCCGCGAUGAUUUAUUCCCUGAGGAAGAGACAGUUUCAGGGCAGAGUAUAGACUACAAGGGUGAGAUGUCCAAAGCAGUUUCUGUCCAUGAAGAUUCAGUCCCUGGGGAAGAGACAGCUUUAGAACACAGUGCGGACACCAAAGAGAAAACAUGCAAAGAAAUUCCUCUUCCUGAAGAUUUAAUCUCCAAGGAAGACACAGUUUCAGGGCAGAGUACACAGGCUGAAGCUGAGAUCUCUGAAAGAGUUUCUCUUAGCGAAGAUUUAGUCCCUGGGGAAGAGACGGUUUCAGAGCAGAGCAUAGACUCCAAAGUUGAGAUGUGCGAAGGAGUUUCUGCUCAUGAAGAGUUAGUCUCUGGGGAAGAUGUGGUUUCAGGAUGGAGUGUGAAUGCCGAAGACAAUGUUAUCGGAGGACAACAAUUGAGGGCAAGUGAAGAGAGCGAUAAUGACCCCUCUGUGCUGCCGUCGGAGGGUCACUGCGAUGAUUUCCCAAAGGGAGAGGAGCAGGACAUGCCGAGGGAGAGCGAUCCCACCUGGAAGACAAAUGUGGAGGGCCUGGCCCCCAAAUCAGAGAGUGACGCGGCAGUUCACCCUCGGCCAGUGGGAGACGAGGGACGUCAUGGUGAGAGCCGGGAGACUUUCCCGCUGCCCGGCAUUCCCGGAGUUGGGGCAUGGACCAAGGAGACGGGGGACCACUCCCAUGAAAGUGAUGACACUUCCGAGGCGGUUGAGAGUGUGGGAGAGAAUCCUGAAUGGCUCCCAGUGGGAAUUUCAUCAGCAUUAGAAUCCCAGGAGUCUGACACGCAUCCGGUGGACGGAGUGCCGGCCAGCUGUGUGUUUCUGGAUGGCCUCAAGGGUGAGAUGAGCGCCCCGGUGAGUCGGGAGCUGGACGGAGAUGGUGAGAGGAGAUGGGCCGGAAAAAGCGACUGGCAAACCGUGAAAACGGGCACAGAAUCGGCAGGGAUCACCGCAGCUCCGGCUGGGAAUGUCCAACUCAACAGGCUCCUGGGAGCCGGAGAUACCCAACAGGCACCAGGAGAGGGAGGAUGGAAGGAGCCGCCAGUAGAAAUCCAGCCGGGCCCUCGCGGUGGUGGCCACUCGGAACUGAAUGGAGAGAGCACAGCGGCCAUGUUGAGAGGUGAGGUAGGACGUCCCUCAGCGAGGAUAGGAAUAAUCUUUGGGGACGUUUCACCCCUCCAGGCCAGAAAGCCCCAAAGUCUUCGUGAGGAGCAGGGUGGUGACGAUGCCAAAAAUGAGGAAGACACCAUCACUUAUGAUGAGGGCUACCAAACCCAGAGCAGCGUCAGAGACAUCAAGGAAGAGCAUGAUGCCAAGGGCGAAGAGCCCAAUGCCAAGGACGAAGAACUCAUUGCCAUGUAUGUAGAACCCAACACCAAGGACGUAGAACUCAGUGCCAAGGACAAAGAACCCAAUGCCAAGGAUGAAGAACCCAAUGCCAAGGAUGAAGAACCCAACGCCAAUGAUGUAGAUCCCAAUGCCAAGGAUGAAGAACCCAAUGCCAAUGAUGAAGAACCCAACGCCAACGAUGUAGAUCCCAAUGCCAAGGAUGUAGAACCCAAUGCCAAGGAUGAAGAUCCCAACGCCAAUGAUGUAGAUCCCAAUGCCAAGGAUGAAGAACCCAAUGCCAAGGAUGAAGAACCCAACGCCAACGAUGUAGAUCCCAAUGCCAAGGAUGUAGAACCCAAUGCCAAGGAUGAAGAUCCCAACGCCAAGGAUGUAAAUCCCAACGCCGAGGAUGUAGAUCCCAACGCCAAGGAUGAAGAACCCAACGCCAAUGAUGUAGAUCCCAACGCCAACGAUGUAGAUCCCAACGCCAACAAUGUAGAUCCCAACGCCAACGAUGUAGAUCCCAAUGCCAAGGAUGUAAAUCCCAAUGCCGAGGAUGAAGAGCCCAAUGCCAACGAUGUAGAUCCCAAUGCCAAGGAUGUAAAUCCCAAUGCCAAGGAUGAAGAGCCCAAUGCCGAGGAUGUAAAUCCCAAUGCCGAGGAUGAAGAGCCCAAUGCCGAGGAUGUAAAUCCCAAUGCCGAGGAUGAAGAGCCCAAUGCCAAGGAUGAAGAAUGUGAUACCCUGGAUGAAGAACUCGACGCCAUGGACUCCUCCCAAUGCAUCUUCGGCAAGAGCGAAGACUUGGAGGUUGGCCAUGACCUGGGACUAACGGCGUGCGGGCAGGGGUGUCAGGGGUGGAAGGGUCGCCAUGUCGACGCCUGCGCGCCCGCCGCGGAGGAGCUCAACGGCCUGCAGGGGCCAUCGGGAGACGGAGAAGGACGGUUGGCCGAGAGUUCGGCCACGGCUUACCAGUACUGGUCUUCGGAGGAUGAGUAGGCAGCUCGGGAUCGGAGGUUGGGGAGGUGAAGCCGUGUUCCCAUUGGCGGUGGGCGGGUGAGGAGUGGGAAGGGCUGGGGCAGGGGUGUCGUGAGAUCCCUCACAAACUCUGCAGGUUGGCAAAGAACCUGCCCACAUUUCUGAAGGAGGGCCACUUCUCUCCAUCAACCUCUCAAGACGAGGAGCACGGCACAUACGAGAAAGACUCAAUUGAGAAACCCAACUGACUCUCUGCACCCAAACCCUGUCCCACCGAAGACGAGGGCUGGGGGGAAGAGAUUUGGGGCUGGAUGUUAGACAGUUGGCAUUUCAACCUGGCACCUCGUGGAUCUUCCUGAGUCCUGCAAACCCCUCCGUUACCCAGGGAGGCCUGAGGGUCCGUAGGAUGCUUGGAAAGGCCUAAAUGCCACCUGCGAACAUGAGGGAGUAUUGCUUUUGUGUCUUGUGGUUUUUAUUUUGUAGACCUGCCGUGAGUGUAAAACACACCCAGCUUCGAACAAUCAAUAAAUCCGAAGCAAAAGAGA